AGGUGUUCCAGAAGCGUGGGGAUGUGGCACUGAGGGACGCGGGCAGCGGGCAGCUGCGGGGGUGGACGGUGGCACUUGGUGAUCUUAGAGGUCUUUGCCAACCAGAGAGAUUCUGUCAUUCUGUGAAUGGAGCCAUUUAUUGCAACGAGAGGUAAUCAGCAGCAAAGAACCACAAAGUAAAGCCUCGAGAACAUCACGGGAACACGGAAACACUUGACUGGGAUACUGAUGGAGCCACGGGCCCGGCAGCAUUCAGGUGGGCCAGGAGGCUGGAUGUGUGGCCCAGUGCCUUCAGCAGCACCAACACGCCGGGUUCCUGCGGGGCUGCGUCCGGCACCGGGCCCCUCACUCUGCGCUGGCUGCAGGAGCCGCCGCCCUCCUGCUGGGGUGCCCUCACCCCUGUGACGUGUGAUGGCGUCACCGAGGGUGUCAGAGAGGGGCCAUUGUGACGCAUGGGGUGUGGAGCAGAGCUCAGGCUGCGGGGCUCAGGCGGAGCUCAGUGCGACUUGGUGAGGUUGGCACGUGGAGGAGAAAGCCCAGCACUGAUGGGACAGACACUCCGCAAGUGGUUGCCGUCAACGCGCACGGUGUGCGUGGAGACACAGGAGGCCGCCGGCUCGAGGGAGCCUGCAUGCGUGCUCUGUGGCCGAGUGGAUGAGGACUCGAGCAUCCUUGGGCACAAAAAAGAGCUCGGUGGAUUCUAUUUCCAUGAGUUUUGUGCGAUGUUUGCCAAUGAUCUCUGUGAACAUGUGGAAGCUGGCAGAAUGGCACAAUUUUCCAGAAAAGACCUGAUACGCACAGUGAGGCAGGCAGAGCAGACGCUCUGCUUCGUCUGUGGCAAGACAGGGGCCACCAUCACCUGCGCAGCGUUGGGCUGCGACCGCAGCUUCCAUCUCCCCUGCGCCUCGGAGGGCCAAUGUGUCACCCUGUACAUUGGAAAGUUCCGGUCCUUGUGCUGGGAGCACCGCCCGCAGCAGGCAGUGGAGGCAGCGCCGGCGCAGGACACGACCUGCAUCAUCUGCAUGGAGCCCGUGGGGGACAGCAGGUCGUACAGCACCAUGGUGUGCCCAUCCUGCCAACACGCCUGGUUCCACCGGGCCUGCAUCCAGGAACAGGCCAUGCGUGCCGGCAUCUAUUGCUUCCAGUGCCCCCUCUGCAGAGACAGGGACUGGUUUCUUCGAGACAUGGUCACUAUGGGGAUCCGAAUCCCAUUCAGAAAACCAACAUGGGAGGACAACAAUGCCUAUGCAUCCCUGCGAAUUCGACACGAUCGCUGUGAUGCCAGCAGCUGCCUUUACCCACGCGGCAGGGAGCGGGCAGAGAGAGAGGGGCCCUGGCAGCUGCUCCUCUGCAGCUCCUGUGCUGCACAAGGCACCCAUCGGCGCUGCUCCUUCUUGAGUCAGGGCACAGCCAGCUGGGAGUGCAACGCCUGUGCUGGAGAGGGCACCGCCUCCGGCAGCGGUGUGGACAGAGCUGGCCCCAGCACCGCCAGCCAGCAGGGACUGCCGCCUCUCAUAGGCCCCAUAACAUUGGAGAGCAGCAGCACCUCCAGCACCACCAGCACCACCAGCACCUCCAGCACCUCCAGCACCACCAGCACCACCAGCACCACCAGCCAGGCACCGUCGGGGCCAGCUCACGUUCCCAAGGUGCCUGAGAGCGGUGUCCCGCCUAACCAGCACAGGACAAAAUGGCGGAGAAUCUGCACACGUUUACAUCGCAUUGACGAUGAAUGGAACGAGCCCCAAGAAUGCUGCGGGAGCAGCCGUGCUGCAGCCCUGCUGAGCGUUGAGAGCAGCACCCCGAACUCUGCCAGCCAGGGUACAUCACGUCCCUCAAGGCACUCCCGUGCAGCUGGCUCCAGCCACCGGCGCAGACGGGGACAGCAGGAUCGCACAAGAAGCCGCUCUCCGCUGCAGCGCCAGGCCGCAGGUUCCCCGAGCCAGCCCCAAAGGCACCGUGGGAGCAGGCAGGCACCAGCCCUUAGUGAUGAGAGCGGCACCCACAGACACACAGGACAAGGAACACCGAGGUCCUCAAGAGUUUCCGCAGCGGCUGCUGGAAGCCGGUCCAGGCAGCCAGGGCGGGCCCGGACUCGAAGCCGCUCGCCUCGUCAACAUCGGGAUGCAGACACCCGCAGCCAGCCCCACAGACGCCGCAGGAGCCGGUCCAGGCGGCGACGGCCAGCCCAGGGGCGAAGGCCGCUCCCGGGUACCACGUCGGGCCCGGAAUACCCACCGCCGGCCCCACUGAUGCUGUAGGAGCAGCCGUGUGCAAGCUCCACUUGCUAUCCAAAGUCAUCAGAGUCCAUCGCAAUAAAACACAGUUCCAUCAUGCCACUGUCGCUUUCAUUCUUCUCUGCCUUUCCCGAGGUGGGCAGCUUUAGGGGCUGGAACCACGGGGAUCCCUUCCCCCCAGCACCCAACCCAUUCCUUCCUCCCCGCAGCCCGGUUCACGCUGAGCUGGGUUCUGGCCCCGACUCCCGUGGGGCGCAACAUUUCCAACGCGCAGCGUGGCAAGAGGCUAGGCUGGCAGCUGCAGCCCCAUUCUGGGGGUGUUUCUGACAUCUUGGGGACGUCGCUGUGUUUGGGACGUGCAGGCAGCCCCACGGCUGCUGCCGGCUGUGGGGUGGGCCAGGACCCGGGCUUUCCUCCUGCAUUCGGGCAGUGCCUCAGGUCUGCUGCCACUGCUCCUCAACGUGACGUCCACUGUAUAUUUACUUGGUCCAGCUGUCUCGAGAAAUAGCCCGCUGGUCUCUUCCUGGAUCCAGUGUGUUCUACCAGCUGUCCCGGUGCAAAGUGACCUCCUCCGUGCCUGUUGUAUGCGUAGCGAGGGAAACGAGGUGUGUUGUAGGCGUAGCGAGGGAAACGAGGUGUGACGCGUGCAGGUUCCUAUGCCACCUGUGUGUUAUGCCACCUGUGUGUGCCAAGUGUAACUUCGUGAUUGGAGGAAACACUUGUAUUUAAACACGUAGCCUAUAGCAAUAAACGCCAUUUGCCUCACUUA